AUGGCCGACAGCGCCCCCGCCGACAGCGUAGUGGGGGAUUCGCCCGCGCCCAAUGCCCCCGCCGCCGACGUCGAGAUGACUGAAAGCGCAUCCGGCGCGGCCGAGGGCGACCAGUCGGCUCUCCCAUACGCAGGCGAGGAUGGCCCCGAGGAACCUGCGCCCGCCCGCAUCCCCUUUUUCGAAUACCUCACCAGCCCAGUCGUGACCCUCAUGGUCGGCAGCGCCAGCAACAGCGACACGCAAACCAUCUUGACCGCCCACCAAGCCCUCCUGACCCAAAGCCCAUACUUUGCCACGCUUUGCGCCGAUUUCGACAAUAGCACUGACCGCCACAUCGACCUCUCCAACGAAGAUGUCGACGCCGUCGGUUGCUUCCUCGAGUACCUCUACACGGGCGACUACUUCCCGCGCAAAAUCCCUGGCCAGCGGCAACUCGAGCAAGACCCGGCACUACCAGCUGUCGACGACUCGGGCGACCAGCUCCUCAAGCAUGCGCGCGUCUACACGAUUGCCGAGAAGUUCCAGAUGCCUUCGCUGCGCCACCUCGCCUCGUCAAAGAUCCACUGCGUCAACUCGACAGCCAAGGGCGAGAUCGCCUAUGCUCGCUACGUCUACCAAUACAUCCCAAAGGAGGACUCGCACAUCCGCGCCCCCAUCGUCACAUUCUGGGCCCAGCGCAGCCACACCCUGCGCGCAGAGGCCGAGGAGGAAUUCAGGAGCCUGUGUUUGGAGUUCCCGCAGUUUGGUUACGACGUUCUCACUCGCGUCCUCGACGAGAAGCUCAAACGCGAACAGGUCUCCAAGAUGCACCCGGCAACAGCCAGUGGGCGCAAGCGGCCUCGUCACAGCAACGUCUAA